AUGGGGGAUAUCGAACCAGGACGGCCCCUCCAGCCAAAGGCGGCUCGCGGCCAGCAACGCGCGCCGCCGUAUCCAGCAAUGAAGCGAAGACGCCCGACCGGUAUCGCCUGUCACCAUUGUCGGCUCAAAAAGAUCAGGUGCGACGGUCAACGCCCUGCGUGCUCGUCCUGCGAGGCCAAGGCGGUGACGUGCACCUACCGCGACACGCUGCUCUCCUCCAAGGUCUCGCGGGAGUCGAUCCCGGGCGUGGUGCAGAUGCUCGGGCAGCUGUGCCCCGCGGAGCUCGUGCGCGUCGUCUCCCGGCUCAAGGACGAGGGCGAUGCCGAGAUUGUGCUGGCCACGAUACGGGAUAGUCUGGUGAAGCAGAGCCGGCAACGGGACGGCGCCAGCUCGGAUCCGCCGUCGUCAAUGGCGGGGAGUAGUAGUCAUAAUAGCGAGGACCGAGGAGCCUGCGGGCCGAGUACACCGGAAGAGGCGGUGCUGCCGGAUCUGGGCGGUGCGACGACGCCCGAGAUUGACUGGUACUGGCCCCCGUGUCAGGCUACUACCGAGUUUGCGUUACAUGGUGGCAUGCCCGACGCGUAUGGCAGCAUACCCGACACGUUUGAUGAAUAUUGGCCCCUUCAGUGGUCUAGAAGCUGGGCUCAAGCUACCGACCACAUCUGCUGA